AUGCGAUCUCUCCUCAGGUUCCGACGGCAUAAAGAUAAAGCGGAAGGGAAGAUCCAAGAAGUGCAGAGAUCUCCUGCAGGCUGGCAUCUUCCUCAGGCCCGCUUCCCCACCACCACAUCUUUGGAGACCCCGUCCCGCAAAGCACAGCCUACAGGAAAAGCCAAUGUCACGGAAGAUCAUGAGAUCGUCGAAAACGAAGCGGUUUUGGGGAGUUCGGCCAUUUCAAAUACAUCUGAUGCUGGCGGCUUGGAGCUGUCCAGAACAACCCCAGUGUCGAUCGCUGAAGACGUGUCGCGAAGCCUCUGGAACCGCGCAUAUGAGAGCUUGAAGUCAGGAGGGGACACAUCAAAGCUUGUCACAGCCUACGAGAAGAUUCUCACAAGCGUGUUUCAGAAUGAGUCAGAAGCAUCGGUCGUCCUCUUGAGCGACGAUGCUCCCAAUAUGUUUGCCUGCGAUGAUGACACCCGUAUGACUAACAUGGGAGAAGUGACUAGAAUAGCUCUGGCCAGGGUUCGGAGACACAAUACUGUCAACUACGCAAUCUCUCAGGCCACCGAGUUCACCAAGAUCAUCCAGGAUGCUGUCGGCACCAUGCUGUCAGGCUAUCCUCCCGCAGCCCUCGCUUGGUCCGGAAUUUGUGUCAUUCUGCCUGUGCUCGCUGGUCCUGCUGUCCAGAGCAUCGCACUAAAGGACGGUCUGUUCUACGUCACUGAGAAGCUGGAGUGGUAUCUCGCUAUUUCUCGGUUACCUUUCAAGGAAAGCUUGUCUGCGUCUGGCGAUUUAUCGCAUCUCCGAAGCUUAAUGGAAUCAAAAGUUCUCCAGCUCAUCCAGUCAUUCUUGGAGUUCGAGAUGAAGAGUGUCUGUUUCCUCUUUGCCGAAAGCCCUCUUGUUCGAACCCUUAAGACGAUGUUGUCCAUCGAUGAUUGGAAAUCACGAACAGAUAGUCUCAAAACCCUGGAAUCCGAGAUCAGAGACUCUAUAUUGCAGUUUCAAGGCGCAUCCAACUCCGUUAGUCUCAUCAAGAUUAACGACAACACCUCCCAGAUCACAGCGGUUGUCAAGGAAAUGCGACUUCUUAGGAAACAACAGACUGAGUCUCAACGGCUUGAGCUCGUUGCCAAGUUCUGUGCAGAGAACACUUGUCCGUACGCCGAUAGAAUCGAUGCAGUCCCAAAGAGAGUUGAAGGCACGUGCGAAUGGUUUCAGGCCCAUGACCGAUACAGAGCCUGGCUCGAGUCUCCAGACGGUGGCCUUUUACUCUUUUCGGCAGAUCCUGGUUGCGGUAAAUCGGUUCUUUCCAGAUUUCUCAUCGAAGACAUUCUCUCCUUAAAGAUGCCAGAUGCGGUGUUAUGCUACUUCUUCUUCAAGGACAGCCCCGACCAAAACAACAUAUGUGCGGCGUUAUGUGCGCUAAUUCACCAGAUUCUGUCUCAGUAUACAGAGCUCUUAGAUCUUGUUGUCAAUGACAUUAUCAAGAAUGGCACGGGGCUGACAUCGAAGGAGACGACGCUCUGGAGGAUUUUCGAGAAGAUAACGGAUCGCAACAAGACGAAGAGGGACGUCGUAUGCGUUCUUGACGCUCUGGAUGAAUGCCAAAAAGCUGAUCGGAUAACACUGGUCAACCGGAUCAAGGAUCUCAUCGAGGGCAACAGCAACGCGGCCCGGAAACGUAACGAGUCAUCACGUCGAAAGAUGAGGUUCCUUAUCACGACACGAGGAUACCCGGAUAUAAUGAAUCUUUUCCGCCAUUUCCCGCAGGGCUGGAUACACCUAGCUGGAGAAAACAAGAAGGAGGUCGACGAAAUUCAAUCUGAAAUUACCAUGGUUCUUGACUUUAAACUGAACCAACUUGCCAGAGAAAAAAUGUUUGAUGAGAUGCGCAAAGAGAAGAUCCGCAACAGCUUGAUGGAGAAGGGCGGCGAACAAAGAACCUACCUCUGGGUACAACUCGUGUUUGAGGUGUUGGAGGAGAACCUGAGAGACCAGUUGAAAAUCUGGAAUCGACUUAUCAACACGGUACCUCAGACCGUUUACAACGCAUACGACAAGCUCCUCGAGCGAGUGCGCCAGGACGACAAGGACCGCGUUAUAAUGCUCCUCAGUCUGAUGAUUGUGGCUCUCCGGCCUCUCUCGGUGCAGACUGCUGCAUUUCUAUUGGGCGUCAGGGACUUCGCAGAUAGUCACGAUGAUCCACUUCAUCUUCAGGAUUCUGACAAUUGGGAGGAAUUGGAUCUAGAGUCCGACGCGAACUUCAAGGCUUGGGUUAGCGGCACGUGCGGCAAUUUUGUGACCGUUUAUGACGAACAGCUCUUCUUCAUCCAUCAAACUGCCAAAGAGUUUCUCCUUGCUGCAAGAGAAGCCGCGGGGGGUGGAAGUUCUCAAUCAUUCAAAAAUUGCAUAGCGGAGCGGCAAGCUCACAAGCUCAUGGCUGAGAACUGCCUGCUCGUUUGGAAGUAUGGAAGACUCCGCGUCGAGGACGAAUCAUAUCGUUACUGUCUAGAUUUUACGGCACACCACUUUCGAGAAGCUCAGAGCUUCUCAACAGAUGGAGAGAUCGUGGUUCAAGAUAUCGACAACCGGUUUUGGGAUAUCUAUGUGGCCAGUUGGGACGACGGUAGAUUCAUUCAGUCUCAGUCCCUCAGCCGUUUCCUGCGGAACUACGACGCAGAACCCUUCGUUACACCCUACACGGAUCCAAUGAAACUCGCUUUCCUGGCAACAUUCGGUCAUUAUCGGCUCCUCGACCUGAUGCUUCGACAAUCUACAACCAGCGGGCACAUUUUGGAUGCUAUGGAUGUCCCUGGACUCCUCUCCAGCACCCGUGCUGAAGCGCAUUGCGCCAACCUACUUCUAAGCUACCUUCCUCAACGACCAGUACUAGUUGUACAGGACUACGAUUCAUUUAUUUAG